AUGGCCGCGCCGAUGCUUCUUUCCUCGGAGGACGUGCUGCGCGUCAACGGCAGCCGCCGCUUCGCCGCCGCGAUGGCGGCCGCCUCCCCCUUCGCGUCCCUCGCCGACGCCCUCCUCGCCGCUCGACGCAUCUGGCUCAACGAGGUGGAUGUCAACGGAUGGCUCGAGGCCUUCGCGGCGCACCCGGCGAUCGGAACCACCUCCCCAUCCGUCUCCAAGUGGAGCAAGGAGGAGCAAUCAGCGGCGCUCUCCACAGCCACGGAUUCGACGGCCCAGGAGCUGGCAGAGUGGAAUGCCAGGUACAGGGAGAAGUUUGGCUUCGUGUUCAUGAUUUGCGCAUCUGGGAGGACUGCGCCUGAGGUCUUGGCUGAGCUUAAGAGGCGUUACACGAAUAGGCCAAUUGUUGAACUUGAGGCUGCAGCACAGGAAGAACUUAAGAUAACUGAACUACGUCUUGCGAAGCUUUUCUCAUCGGAGCCUACUGUUCCGUCCACUACAACUGAAGGCCCUGCCACCCAAUCAGAUAAAGCAGCAGCUUGGAUUACUCUUCUUUCUCACCAACUAAAUUUUCAAAAAGAUCGCAUACGGAUUAUUGGAGCACAUCUUGGAGCUCUCCCUCAGUCUUGCGCCAAUAAAGCUCCUGAAAUUACAGGUAGCUCCAACCGAAGUCGGCCACCCAUUACAACCCAUGUGCUAGACACUGCCCGUGGAUCCCCUGCAUCUGGAAUCGAAGUUCAUUUGGAGAUGUGGAAGGAUUCUUCAGCUCCUCCAUCAUUCAGCAACAAGGAUUUCAGCGGAUGGGCAACUCUAGGCUAUUCAGUUACAAACAAUGAUGGACGCAGUGGUCAGCUGAUGGACAUCGUCGACAACAUUGCUCCUGGCUUCUACCGCAUAAGCUUCAACACUCGCAAGUAUUCGCCUGCAGGGUUCUUCCCUUAUGUCAGCAUCAUAUUUGAGAUCAAGGAGAACCAGACGGCAGAGCAUUUUCAUGUUCCUCUCUUGCAUUCCCCUUUCUCAUUCACCACUUACCGUGGAAGCUAA